GGAAUAUAACUUUUGGGAUAGAAAGUUGUUUUGUUAAAAUAAUAAUAAAAUAAAGCAUGCUAUUAGUUUUGUUUCGCUGUUUAUUUAAAACCAACCUCAGAUUUUUUUUUAUUGCACCGCAACCGAACUUUUUGACCUUUGGCCUUGUUUUGCUUCCUGGGUUAGAUAGUGUGAACGGAAACAAUCGAUCCAGAGAAUCCUAUUUACAAUUUAUCAUAUAAAUGUCUGGGAAUCUGCUGAGUUCAUUUCGAUCUGAUUUGCUGUGAGUGCUCGUUAAAUAAGUGAACAAUGGUCGUCUUUUUUGGGAAAUGUUCUAAGGACGGGGUAGAAUCUAGAAUCAACUGCUUUUAAACUUGAACAAGGAUCGAGAUCUUGUGUCUUCCAAAAUAUGGUCAUGAGUCACAUGGAGGUUGUUCAGGCCCAGUUCUAAUGACAUUCAUCUAAUUUGGUUUUAUUGCACAUGAAGCAUUUCUGCAAUGAAGUUAAUAUCCUAUGGAGCUCUGGCCUUCAUGGCCUACCUGCUUGCAGCAGGUUUUCAUGGUUCCCGCUCUGACUCUCCUUUGGAGGAGCUGAUGGAGGUCAAAUUUCACCGCACGUUGUUUGACUACAAGAUGUACGCUGCCAUCACACUGGAGCGACUGGAUGUGCCAGAGCACACUGUAGAGGCCAACUUGACGAUCAAUGUGCACAGCAGCAGUGACAGCUGCCCGAUCAAGAAGGUCAAAAUAUUUGCCAACCAGUUUGGGCUUCCUGUGGUGAGUCGCAGGGGAGAGAGCUUCCCAAACCACACAUUUGUACCCAAAGACCCGGUGCUCAAUGUGACAGCGUCCAGCAACAACGAGACAGUGACCUGGGUCCUGAGUAACUUGAAGGCUGGACAGCUGUUCCUAAUGGCUGUGAUGCCACGCCCAGACCCCCGGAUAAAGCAGCAAGGUCUGGGCCAGUCCUGUGAUUAUUUCCUCAACAUUCAGGCAAAGCUUCUGCACUAUCCGGAAGAGAACAUUCCGGUAUUGUCCCAGGGUCUUCCAGGAUUUGUGUCGCUCGGUGGGGAUGUACAUACACAAACACUCCUCAGUUUUCGAGUACCACGAGAUGCUGUGUCCACCACCAUAGAGAUCCAGGAGUGUGAUGAACCAUGUCCGGUGAAGGUGUCUGUGUGGGGCGCGCUGAGUCCUGACAUGUGGGACUUUGGUUACGCUCCGUGUGUAUGGCGUCAGGGUUCCUGCACAGUAGAGGUGAUGUCCCCUAUGGUGGACAAGACAUAUUAUCUGGGUCUCACGACGAAUGCCAGCCAUCCUCCGUUCAUGGUCCAAGUGAGCCUAGUCAGCUCCUACUGCAAAAAGGGCGAGGAGUCGAAUGGUGAGCUGACCAGUUGGAACUCCUCUGUGAGCCCAGUCUCUUGUCAGAUGUUGCCUCGCUUGGGCCGCAAGACACCAGCUGCAGCGGAAGAAGGGUCGAAUUUCUAUGACCACUUCCUGUUGUGGAACAAGAACCAAAGCAGCCACUCUUCUGUGAAUUUAGAAGUCUCUGACAAAAUUUCCACUGUGGUCGGAUUCGAUCUUCGGACAACGGACACGGGCUCAUCUCUGAAAGUGAAGCUUCACACCCCGCGACAGAAGUUGCCAGAUCUGUCAGAGGUGAUUUUGUGCCUCAGUUCCCACAAAGUGCCAAACGCCUCUCAGUGCCACGAGGGUCAUGUCAUGACUUCGGCAGUGGGCAGUAAAGCAGCCGAAGAACACGUGAGUGUGCCGUAUCCCGAAAGUGGGACCUGGUAUGUUGGUCUGACUAGCCGCUGUCACCACCGGAAUGAUAGCUCCAAUGCAACUGUCCCAUGCCAAGAACUGCCUAAAGUGAAUGUGUCAAUCCAGCUGUCCCCUUGCAUUGAUGGUAACUGCGGCAAGCAAGGUACCUGCAAGCUCUACUUUGGCUCAGACAUUCUCUACUCAGCCUGUAGCUGUUAUGACGGCUGGCGUGGCUACGGCUGUAACGAUGGCAGUGGCGCGUCGAGUGAGAGCAGCCGGAAUAUGGCCGUCUAUUUGUUGACCCUGUCUAAUCUUGGCUUCCUGCCUGGCAUUGUGCUAGCUUUGUACAGACGUCACUUCCUAGAGGGCCUGGUCUACACGUACAACAUGUUCUUCUCCACGUUCUACCACGCGUGCGACACGGACCAUGUGUACUCCCUGUGUAUCAUGCCCUACAACGCGCUCAGCUUCGGGGACUUCUUCGCAUCGCUACUGUCUUUCUGGGUGACCCUGCUGGCCAUGGCACGCAUCCCGACGGGUGUUCGUUCGUUCUUCCACAUGCUUGGGGCUCUUUUUAUCUCCGUUGGGGAAGUCUACAAUAGGCAUGGCCUCUUGGAACAGUUACUGCCCAUUUUAGGGGGUGUGGUCAUCGUCGUUGUGUCCUGGGGCGUUCAGUCUUACCGCUUAAAGCAUCUGUUCCCCUCACGACGGCGCCUUAUGUUCUUCAUCGCUCCUGGUGUGCUCCUGGCAAGUCUGGGUCUCAUCUUUAACCUGGCACUGGAGACAACGGAAAACUACAAGUAUAUCCACAGUGUGUGGCACUUGCUGGUCUCCGGGUCCAUUGUUUUCCUGUUGCCACCUCGACGUGGACAGAAGCGUGACGGCUCCUCGGAGUUCCUUUCUGUACAGUCUGGUGACAUCACACGUCCAAGUCUGAUCGACGAUGCUGCACAGCCAAACAUCCACAGUGCCGAUGACACUGGACUCCUGUCGGACACCCCUUCUCCCCCGGCAACGCCAAAUGGUGCUGUUGGUGGUGGAGGUAAUAGCAGAGACCGCGGGUUCAAGCUGAUGAGCCGACCCAGAGGGAACCGCAACCUAGUGCUGUAAUGGUCUCUCACGGGGUAACACCUUUUAGCAGAAAAGUUCUGGAGAAUUGAGUGUUCUCUUCUUUUUGCUGCUCGUAACAACUAUUUCUGGUCGUCCUAGUGUAGUGAAUAAGGUUUCGUAAAGUUCACUUUCAGAAGGUCACCUGUUUACUUCUUGGCCCCACCCUCUAGGAUGCUGCAUCCUUUCAAAAGAUAGUGUACCUAAUUUUUAUCCAUUCAUCCUGCUCCUAAAUGAGAAAUGCUUGUGACUAUCAUUGAAAAGGAAAUUUAUGUGCAUAAUAAUUAUAACAAUUGUUUGUCAUUGUCUGACAGUGACCAGUGCAUGUGCAGAGAAGAAUAAUUCCCAAACAAAACAAGAAAUAAGGAUUUAGACGACUUGUGGCUUCUGCUAUGGCAGUAGGAUCAAUCCGGACAGUGAACAGUUUGCCACAUUUGAAGCAGUUAAAAGCUUCAUGUGGAUGUGUGCAGCUUGUGGGUUCUUCCCUGGGCUUCAGCAUUUCUAAUGAAUAAAUGAUAAUGGUAUAUGCCUACUUGGUGGCAACCAUUUAUGUCCCUGGGGGAACCAGUUGAUGCUAUGGAAAGAACUUGCUGGUCAGGGGAGCUUUUUUGUUUAAUUGUCUUUCUUUCUUCGGAGUUGUACAAGAACACAUCUCUUCAACUUUAACUCAAUUAAAUGUCUUAGAUUUUAUAUAUAUUCCAUCUCAAUGUUUCUUUCCGAAGAAGGAUCCAGUAAUUUAUGGAAAUCCAGCAAGGUACACAUGACAUGCUUUGUGACAGUUACAAACUCAUAUCCUUUGGUGCUUGUUGUCCAGCUUAAAAAAAAGUCAGAUUUACCCAAGAUGAUUUUUAUGUAGACAAUAUUUACAACUGUAUCCACAUUAUCUUUUAAGUACUUUUUAUGUGUCCUAACGCUUCCUUUUUUUUUUUCAAGGUUGUAGUCAACAUGAAUGAGCUUUGACUUUUUCUACUUUUUAGUAGUUACUGUAGUCUAAGAUUAGUGUGCUACGUAUUCAAGACUGUCCACAUGCUGUAGACUUUUUCAAACAAGAAAUUCCCAUGCCACAAAAGGAUUUCAAAUUCCUUGGGUUUCCCCCUCUUUAUUUUAUGCAUUGCAGCUUUCUUUUAUACAAACUCUGCUUUACAUAAACCAAUUCUCUGAAGCCUUGAAGUUAUGUCCUGUCUUGUUUCAGAGUUGGCGUAUCACCUCCAUUCUCUUUAAAUCCACCAUUAUUUUUGAUGCAGUGUAAAUAUUAAAUUUACUGAUAAUUUAUUCUUAAGCUAUCUUUUUGCUUUUUAGAGCUUUUGAGAUGAGAAUGAUGACCAAGGUCUUCAAUAUACAGGGUUUCUGUGUGCACAGCUUCCUCAACCUGUCAAUCGAAAACAUUAUUAGAAAAUUUUUGCUAGAACGCUGACACUAAAGGUAAUGGGCAUCAUUUUGAUGCUUAUGUUAUAAGUCCCUCAAAGCAUUCAUUUUACUUGAUACGUUACACAAGGCUUUAGAACUUUAAAGAUGUUUUAAGUGUAACAGGUUUGUGAUUUAAAUUUAUGCAUGAGAUUGUUGAAAGAUAUGUAGCACUUAAAAGAUUUGAACUGUUACAUGGAAACAUGGAAAAAGGUUUGAAGAGGGGGGGGGGGGAUUUUUCUGAAAUUCAUUCCUUUACAGAUACUGAGGGCCAACUGGAGCAGCAAUUUUGGGUUGUGAUAAAUUAGAAUUUAUUUAAUCCAGUACCUAUGUUAACUUGAGCUUAUUAUUGUACAUAGAAAGGUGGAUGUCAAUCCUUGUUCUUGUUGUUCUUGAAGUCCUUUGAAGUCCAUAUGUUUCUUACAUUGUGUGGGACUCGUCACUUUUCAGAAAACCUAAACAUUCAUUUGAGUUUUUCUGAAGGGUACAUAGCUAUUUUUCUUGGAAAGUGAAAGUUUUUUUUUUUUAAUAUGCAAUUUGUAUAUUUGUAGGUGGUACAGUUUCUACAUCACAAGUGAGAAACUCACCAUUUUUGGUGACCUUCACCUUUGAAUGGUCGACUGAGCCAGUUUUUAAGAAUGUUGUGUGCUGUGGAGGGGCUUUAAGGCUAUGUUAUAUCUUCUCACUUGCCCUCAAAGGAAGUUAACCACAAAAUCUCCUCGUUCCUCUGUGGUGUGUUGUUUUAUUUUGUGUAGCAAAACGUCAGAAUGAGUUGUUUGUUUCACCAGCUGUUUCCAGGUUAAAAAAAACCAAAGUUAUUUUUCUAAAUCUCCGUCUUCAAGCGAAUGUAACUUUGUAAUCAAAGCAGCAAGAAUUAUGUUAUUUUCACCCACCUUUGGGGUUUGAACAACUCGUUAAUCUGAUACUACUCAUGUUAUAUUCUUGAAACGCAGCACGUGACUCAUUUCAUCAUUUUGCUACACCUUUUUCUAUGUCACUGGUUACAGGCUUCAUUGAACUAUAAAUGAUAAUGUUUGAAGUAGAGCUUCCAUAGAAGGGUUCCAGUUCUGAUUUUUGUGAAAUGUGGAAGAUUGUUUGAAUAUUUAGAUAAUUUUAUAGCAACAAAAAAAAAUUGUCUAUAAACCCUGUGUUGUUUCUGAAAGAAAGCUUGAAAAAAUCAAGAUUUUAUCAAACAGAAAUACAAGUUCUGUUGUAGAAAUAAAAGUUCUAUAUUUAUCUAAAGGUGGGUAUGUUUCUUAAAUCUCGGGAUAGGAUUAAGCUUACUAGUCAAUAUAAUUGGGUUUUUUUAUGGUCAGUGGAGUGCUACUGUUAAAAAAGUGAAACCAGAUGUGUUAUUUUUUGUCUUUUUUGUUCAGUUUCUGUUUGUGUAUACACAUAUCAAUGAUUACGUGAAGAAGAGAAUUGUUUGCUUCACUUUUUAUAUUUUUCUUAUGUGGCUUCUCUGUUCAGGAUGAGUUGUCAUUAUCUAUGUUUCUAAAUACAAUGCUCAAAUUUUAGAAAAGAUAAAAGGACUGUGAUUUUAUCUGUUAUGUUUUGCCCAAAUGAAAACCACAGCUGCAAUAAAUUUGACAUUUUUAUUUAAUGGAUGUAGAUAUUUGACUGAUAUGAUUUUUGUUUUGGACAUAAUAUGUGUUUGUGCCUGGUGAUAGGUUCCAAAUGACGCAUUUUGGAGAAUCAUGGUUUUUUUUUGCAUGUUCAUGUACAGAGAUCAUUUCUGAACAAUAUGCUUUUUGAAUUUUUAAGAUAUCUUCAGUAGUUUUUGAGAUAUGGGUGAUUUUGUAAGGCAAGGAAGGGAAACAAAGUUUUGAGAAAAACGACUUUGAAGUUUCACCUUUGUUUCGGCUUCAAAUAGAUAGAUCUACGUUUCGAGACGACCUAACAUUACUAACAACACAUUUGCUACUCACAAGCCAACUUUAAAGAGCAACUAAGAUAAAAGAACAGCCUCAAGAGUUAAUAUUACGUCUUCAAAACAAAUUCACCACCACCUUGAUCAAGAAUUUUCAAGAAAUUAGAUCUAGGUUUGCUCAGGGCAGAAUUAGGCGAUACAAUUACAAAUUUGCUUUCCUAAAGAAACGAAAGGGUGUGGAUGCACAAAGCUUUGCUUUGUUUCCAUGUUCUAGAUAUUCAUGCACACUACUCGGCAUUAGGCCUACCUAAAUUUUGGUAUGCAUUGUGAUUGGGUCGACUGUAUGAAUGAACAAGAGAAACCAUCCACAGUGUUUACCAAUUCUCUCACGCA